CAUUUGUAAAAUUGGUCUACGUUGGAGAAAAUUUUAGCAAGAAAUGAUAAAUUUUACGACGAUUUAGAAAUUUAACGUCAAUAAAUGAUAAAUUCUAGUCGAGAGCCGUCAUUACCGAUGACUAAUCGAGUAUUCUUCAUUACGUCGUUCGUCGUUCGAUAACAAUCUUGAUACAGAUUUGCGAUCAUCUCGGUAACGAUCUGGAUCUAGCAACUUUACCAUCGCUUAUCAGUUAUCACUAGAUGAGUUGGUUUGAUGCUAGUAGUUUCGCGAAUUUGGCCAAAACUGCGUUAAAGGAAGCACAGAAAACGUUAGAUAAAGCCUUAGAUAUAACCGAAGAAGAAGCUUCUCAAAAUGCAUCAAAUCAAAGCACCUCGAAAGAACUCCCAGCUACCGAAUCGCCACCACCUUCGACGAACGAAGAAUCGAAAGCAUCCUCGUCUAAUAACACGAUAUGGGAAUCGUUUGCUAGUUCUUUCUUCGAUAAACCAAAAUCACCUACAGCUGCUGACACACCAGAUAACGCCAUUCCGCCUCAAAUCACCGACACUAUCGCUACUAGUCCACCAGUAAUCACCAAAGAACCAGUGCCCGAGUACAGUCAACCUUUUAAAGACCGUUCAGGGCUUCGUUUAGCUUGCGAGCCACAACAACCAUUGCAACAGCCACAACACGAAGAUAAACCAACGCAAGAUAGUAGUAAAGAUGACUCUUUUGUGAUACGUCGUCAAAAGAAAGCUGCCAGUGCCUCGAACGGUAACCGAUUAUCGAUGAUAAGUAACGAAAGCGAUAGAAAAUCCACUGUGUCUAGCGAUAGCGUCGAAGUGCUCGGAUCCACUUCGACGAAUACGCCAGAUUCGGAGGAUACGUCGCCUUCCAAAGUGCGUAACAGUGGUUCGUACGAAUCGUCGGUGGAAAUCCUGUCGUCUAGUUCGGUUGAAAUACUGAAUAGCGAAGAUCCUUCGAGACUCCAGACUGAAGGCACGUCCUCGGAAAGUGUCGAAAUCAUUCCAGAAAUCGAAGAAGACGAUGAUAAAAGUUUAGGAGGCGGCGCCGAUGACACGUCUGCUUCGGAAAGCACCUUGACAGUGCUCGACUUGGGUCCCAGGUCUUCGCUUAAAGACAUGAUUAAAUCAUCUUCUUCGAUGGAUACCUCGAUUACGGAGGUUUUAUCUCCAUGGGAGUGUGGAGUGAACCGAAUAAUCACCGAGCUUUCCGAACCUCCGAACGAGUCUCAAGAACCCUCAGAACCCAACUCCGAAACCAAGUUACCAUUAAAACGUACCCGAAACGAGCUCUCCGGUACUUCGAUAACCACCCUAGACAGUAGCAGUUGCGACGAAGGCACCAUGAUCGGUAGCAGUUCAGACGAAGCUCCUAAAGAAUGCGCGUCUUCGGUCGGAUCGUUGAAAUCCAUGUUAGCCGAUGCCAUAAACGAACAACCAGACGAAUGGACUGCCAGAGAAUCGUCUCCUACUACUUCAUCUAUGGAAAGUCGAACCGAGAAUAUCAAAAUCGGCUCGAGUGGGCAUACCUCAGCCGAUGAACUUGAAACGGCUACGUCGUCCGAUAUCGAAGUAAUCUCUAGUCCGAAUGGAGACAGUAGUAAUGCCAAUUCCAGACAAAGCCCCGCCAAACUAAUAUAUAAAAAUUCCAAAGGUAAAAUGUCCGUUAUCGUUAGUUCCGAUAUAUUAAUUCCGGAGGUUAUCGGCCGCUCGUUGUCGUUCAAAGUUAAAGGUCAUAAUCGCGAACCAUCAGAGACAUCUAGUGGAGGAUCCGAUGAUACGAUAGAAGUUGAUCGACUGUUAAAGGAAAUCGCCAAACUUAAUGAAGUCCUCCAAGCUAGAGAAACGAAGCUCAUCGAUUUAAGCAUGAAAAAUGCCGAAUUAUCAGAAAGCAACUCGAAUUUAAAAAGCCAAUUAGAAUGCCAAAUGAGCGAAGAAUUCACCCAACGACUGGCAGCCCUAGAGAAAAAAUUUCAGCAAGCUAUUCGUGAAAAAGAAUUAUUACGCAAACAACUCGAGAAUUACAAACAUCUGAAAGAUUCGUCCGAAUUCGACGAAGACAAAGAUCAGACAAUCAAGGAACUCCGAGAAGAAGGUGAAAAACUAAGUAAACAGGAACUCGCUUCAAAACAGCUGAUAAAAAAGCUACGAGCGACUGAAAAAGAUCACCUAAAACUGAUCUCAUCUCUAAGGGAACAAUACGACGGUCUGAUGCAGGAGGUGGAACGUGCCAAGAAAUCACUUAGUGCCAAAGAAGAACUAGAACGUUCGCAAAUCGAAGCCAUAAACCAAUUAACCAAAACUAAUCAAAAAUUAGAUAAACAACUCGCCUCGUUGCAACUGCAAGUCGACAAUUUAACGUCAACUUUGAUCUCGUCUCAGAAAGAAAUCAAAGACAAGGAUGAGAAAAUCGCCGCCCUCGAGCAACGUCUCAAAGAAGCAGCCUCAUUGGCAACCCGAGAACUGGUCCAAAAAGCCGAAACCGAAUUGAAGAACGAGAAAGCUCAACGCGAACAACUCGAAUCGGUCGUGGCUAAUUUACAGCUCACUUUGCAAACCAAAGAAAUGCAGUAUUCCGAACGCGACGACUCGGCCAGACGUGAAAAUCAACGAUUGCAUAAUUUACUCGAAGAGUAUAAGAGGAAAUGCGAGAAUGCCUCCGAGGAUGUGCUCAACGCCACCAAGACCAUCGCCAAACAACUGGAAGACGAAAUUGCCAAGUAUAAUGCUGCGUCAGCGUCGUGGGAGAAGCAAGAAAAAGAAUUGUGUUCUAUUAUAAACGAAUACCAAGAUCGUUUGAAAACAUUCGAGAAAAAAGAACGUAAAUGGGAAGAUCAAAAAAGCGCAUUGAGCGAAGAAACCAAAGACUUAAAAGCUAAGCUCAAAGCUGCCCAAACUAAGCUCGACGAUAAAGAUAACGAAACUAAAUUCGCCAAGAAACGAUACGAUUUACGAGUCGAACAAUUAGACAAAAUGGUUGAAGAGAAAAACGAAGAAAUCAAAAACCUCAAAGUUAAACUAGAAGAAGCGAUGAAAGCGAACAGUACAAUUGGCGAAACGCAAAGCGAAGGGCUUCGAAAUAUCAACGAAUUAUACAAAGAUCGUUCCAAACUGAAAUUAUUGCUUCAUGGUGAUGCUUCGGGUAAUGAGUCUGAUUCAGAUGUGAGUAUGGUGUCUCCUAGUCCAUCUCCGCUACCUGCUGAGGAUAUUAACGCCUGGCUGAGCCAAUUGGGUGGUGAAGAUGAAGCAGGACCUUCGUCCAGUGGCAAAGGCAGCGUUUAUGAAACUUCGUCGCCGAAACCGAUUGCCUCGGCGGCCAGCACAAUUGAACACUUACAAACGCAAUAUAAAUUGAAAGAAGGUGAAGUCCAACAACUGCAAUGGGAAUUGAAGAAACACGACCACGAACGUAUCAUCCUCACCAACGAAAUCACCUUGUUGGCGUCCAAAGUCGAAGAACUGGAAAAACGUGUAGAAGCCAAUAACGAACUACAGACCAGAUACGAUACAUUGUUACAAAUGUACGGCGAAAAAAUGGAAGAAUGUCAAGAGCUUCGGUUAGACUUGGAAGACGUUAAAGAAAUGUAUAAAAUUCAGAUCGACGAACUCCUUACUCGUUCUAGAACCGGAUGACAAUCACCGCAAAAAACUGUAAGCUCGUCUGAAAAAUGAAUCCUACUGACGCUCGAAUACGGAUUACUUGUCUUUUCAAGAGAAUCCGAGCGAAAUAAUGAAUAGGAUUUCGACAUGGAAAAAAAGACCGGAAGAAGGGAGGUGUUCAAGUUUCACAUAUCAAUUCAUUGUACUCGCCAUACAUUGUAUUUUCAUCUAAGCACGUGUCCGUCCUACUCCUUCAGUCGGAUUUUUGCAUCCUUUUACAAUGAUUCGUUCAACCUACUGCUAUGAUCUCAUCCAACUUCAUCAUUUUUGUCAAUCAACUGUCCUCAUCUCACAUUUUAAUGACGAUUCUUCUUCACCUGCAGCGUCCAUUUCAUUAAUCGAUCAAUUCUAGAAUCGAUAAUUCACUUUUAUUCACCAUUGGUAGGCAAUAGGCAUCUGAUGGGGAUAGGAUUCCGAAUACCUAUCUUUGCAAUGUUUUUAGUUUAGAGUAACGUCAAAGAAAAUACAUUGAGGUGAAGCAAAGCGAAACUUAUAAGGGCUCGGAGAAGAAACCCGUAAGCUUCGUAAUUCGUUAAAUACCUACGAGCAAAUAAUUUCGAUUAAGUAUGUUUUAUUAUUCGUCUAUUAAAAUGUCGUAAUUUCGUGUACAAUAUCAAUAACGAAUAAUAAUAUGUAUUAGACAUAUGGGUAUCUGCAUGUUACCUACGUAGGUACCUAGACAUACGUUUUGUAAUUUAUUAUCGUGUCUCGUCAAUAUCGUGUACAUAAUAUUAAGUAUAUAUGAUGUUUCGCAAAGUUAUUUAUUUAUGCAUCGUAUGUUUUUCUUUUUCAUACUAUCUAUGUGUAUCAAAUGUGUGUAUCUUUAAUACCUACGUACCGUACUCGGUACAUGGUAUAUUGUUCAAUACACCGGUAUUCAAGUUUUU